AUGGAACGUUUGUUAUUAUUUGUUGACCCAAAGCACUGUUUCAAUGAUCCUGUAGACUUACUUAUUUCAACUAUAAUUGCAAUUAGUGUCUUCGUUUGUUAUGUACCACAACAUUAUAGAAUUUUUAACACCAAGACUAGUGAAGGAAUUAAUCCAUGGUUUCUUUUAUAUGGAUCUGUUUCAAUAACAUGCAACUUAUUCAAUAUUUUAAUUCUACAAGCUAACAAUAUAUAUGUGUCUGGUAGAUUUUGUCUUCAGAAUACUUUGGGAAUUAUUCAAAUUAUAAUUCAAUGGUUUAUGUUUACAAUAUUUUUAAUAUUGUACAUAGCAUACUUUCCAGAACAUAAGAAAUAUAUAUCUGACAUGAGUGGAUAUAAUAGUUUAAAAUCUUCAAUCAAAUGGCGUGUUUCACGUUAUGUUGCAGUCUUUGUUGCUUCAUUUUUCAUCUUUACGCUUAUUGUUUCAGCUUGUCUUUUAAUAUUCGUUGGAAAAGCUGAAGAACAUUUUAUAACCAGAUUUUGGGCAGAUGCAUUAGGAGUCCUCUCUAUGUUUAUAGCAUCAAUUCAAUAUCUUCCUCAGAUUUGGGAAACUUGGGAAAUCAAGAUUGUCGGAGCUCUUAGUAUUCCCAUGUUGAUAGUUCAAACUCCGGGAACGUUUCUUUUCGUGUAUUUUCUUGCAAUUCGUGAGGGUAAUAGUUGGUCCACUUGGAUUGCUUUCCUUAUCGCAGGAAUCCUACAAGGAAUUCUUCUUGCAUUAUGUCUUGUUUGGUAUUAUAGAGAGAAGCGUGGAAUUUCUUCAAGAUCUGUUAGUGAAAUUGAAGCUCAAUCUAGUGAAUCUAGUGAACCUAAUGAAAGUUCAAGUUUGCUUGAUCCUCAAAGAGUACGAGAAAACUAG